AUGGCGACUGGAGUGAGACAGGAGCUUGCACAGCUUAUGAAUUCAAGCGGAUCUCACAAAGAUCUCGCUGGAAAGUAUGUAUUGGCCAAAAUGGAUGAAAAUAUAUAUGCAUGGAGAUAUACAUUACUUUAGACCUGAGUGUCAUGUUUACAGUUAAUUAUAAAUAUGUCAAUGAGCAGCCCGCCGAUGCUAGCUAGCAACAGCUAUUAGCAUCACACUGCGGCUAGCAUAGGUAGUUAGACGUUUUACCGGUAUGUAGCUAACUACCGGUAUGUUAGCUAAUAUUAGUUAGCUAGCUAGCUAGACAGUGUCUGUGGAUAAAAGUAUUGCCAAAUGUAUUGUGUUGUCAACAGUGUGCACUGGUCGAUUAGCUACAGUUAAUUUUAUUAACGUCAGCUAGCUAUGGCUUUUAGUAAUGUAACUAGCUAGCUUAAGAUAGCUAACCCAUUUAGCUAGCUAACUGUAGUUGGCUUUUGAUUUGAUGUGUGUAUUGAUUUGCAUUUGGUAUUGCAGGCUUGCUAUUCCAUUUCCAUUGUCAUUUCAGAAAGUGCCUUAGUGAAAAUAAUUGUCAAUUCUUAAGUCAUGAAUAUAAUUUCUCAUUUAAGAUAGCUAGCUAGCUAAUACACCCCUUGUUUUAUCAAUUGUAGAUAUCGACAGAUUCUUGAGAAGGCCAUCCAAUUCACAGAUGCAGAACAAUUGGAAUCAUUAAAAGCAUUCGUUGAAGCAAGUACGUAUCCUGUAUAAAGUAAAGGAUAGAAUAAGUCCUGCUUACCAUUUACUAACCUGUUACAUAAAGUCCCCCUUUUCCUUUGUACAAUCAUUACUCAUAAAUCACAUUACUGUAAAUCCUUUCUAACUGUAAUACUCUCCUGUCCUGCAGUGGUCAAUGAGAACGUCAGCUUAGUGAUCUCUAGACAGCUGCUGACAGACUUCUGCACAAACAUACCCAGUCUUCCUGACAGCACAGCCAAGUCAGUUUACCACUUCACACUAGAGAAGAUACAGCCCAGGGUCAUCUCAUUUGAAGAACAGGUGAGUACUGUAAUCAUUUCCUCGGGGGCCUGAGUAUCUGCUGGUUUGACCUUUUGUCUGGCACUUGAUUGCUCACCAAGUGCACAGUGCACACACCUGGUUUCCCAGAUCUAGCCUAGACACUGGUUUGAAAUAAAUAAUACAAAUGUCUACCCUAUGUCUAAAUCCCAUGUCUACCCCCAGGUGGCCUCCAUCAGACAGCACUUAUCCACCAUCUAUGAGAAGGAGGAGGACUGGAGAAACGCUGCUCAGGUUCUAGUGGGCAUUCCUCUGGAGACAGGACAGAAGUAAGUCAAUUUAGUCCAGUGUUUCCCAAUCUAUUGCUGGGCGAUCCGCCGGGAGUGUACAAUUUGGUUCUAGCUGAGCACUAACACGUCUGAUUCAACUAAUCAACCCUCUUGUCCUCUUGUUCAGGCAGUACAAUGUAGACUAUAAGUUGGACACGUACCUGAAGAUUGCCCGUCUGUACCUGGAGGAUGAUGACCCUGUUCAGGCCGAGGCCUACAUCAACAGAGCCUCUCUGCUCCAGAACGAGUCCACCAACGAACAGCUACAGGUACACUACAAAGUGUGCUACGCCAGAGUGCUGGACUACAGGAGGAAGUUUAUUGAGGCGGCUCAGAGGUACAACGAGCUCUCCUACAAGUCCAUCGUCCAUGAGACCGAGCGUCUAGAGGCCCUGAAACACGCUCUCCACUGCACCAUCCUGGCAUCAGCAGGUACCUGACACUGUUAUUACAUUGGUUUGUCUAUUGUCUGUCACGACAUCGUGAAAGGCGUGUAGUCAAAGCCACUCUAACUGUGUCAUUACUUUUUUGGCUCCAGUUUUUUGUUGCACUGUAUUUAGACUGCAAGGUAGUAACAGUAAAGUUCAAUCUCCCUCUUCCUUUUCCCUUCUCGACCUCUCUCUCUCCUCCCUCUCUCCUCUCUCUAUCAUCUCUCUCUCCUCCCUCUCUCUAUCCUCUCUCUCCUCUCUCUCUCCCUCUCCUCUCUCUAUCCUCUCUUUUAUCCUCUCUCUAUCCUCUCUUUUAUCCUCUCUCUAUCCUCUCUCUUUCCCUCUCUCCUCUCUUUCUCCAGGCCAGCAGCGCUCCCGUAUGUUAGCUACCCUGUUUAAAGACGAGCGCUGUCAGCAGCUGGCGGCCUACGGCAUCCUAGAGAAGAUGUACCUGGACCGCAUAAUCAGGGGGAACCAGUUGCAGGAGUUUGCUGCCAUGCUCAUGCCCCACCAGAAAGCCACCACGGGGGAUGGUCAGUCUCCCACCUCAGCCUCUCUCCAUAGUCCUUAGUUAUUUCAUUGAUUGUGUAAUAAGAAAAUAUGCUCAGCUGCAUUACUGUGGGCUUCUGUUUCUAGGCUCCAGCAUAUUGGACAGAGCCGUUAUUGAACACAACCUACUGUCUGCUAGCAAACUUUACAACAACAUCACGUUUGAAGAGCUGGGGGCGCUUCUGGAGAUCCCUCCCGCUAAGGUAAGAUGGAUUUCAACGUACAAGACCCAACAGUACUUUCACAGGCGUACGUUUUUUUCCGGAGGGGUGUAGGUAGGUAGGUCUAGGGUUUUGGUAAUGCGUUCCGUGACUUAUUGUAUUUGUAAAUGGUGAAAAUCAGGCCCGUUUUAAACUAUUCUUUCAUUUGUUACCAAGAGUGACAGUUUGCCUGUAGGCAUAUCAUCUUAUUCCUCAAGACAUUAACUAUCUGAUGGAGAAAAUCACUUUUCAGGGAAAGAUGUUAGGGAUGUAAUUUAUGAUUAAUGUAGUGUUUGAGGGCGUGACCAAAACCUUUAGUAUGGGAGGUUGAAGUAAAAAAAAAAUAUAUAUAUUCGGGAAGUUUCACAGACAUACAUCAUUAAAACAAAUGAACAAAAAUAAAAUUGAGAUUUUUAAGAUUUAUUUGAAUGUGAUUUUUAACAAACAGCAAGAUCGCUACGAGGUAAUUCUUGAACCUUGUCCUCACCGUAUCUGUGGUAGGCCCUGUUGAACUGUGUAUAAAAUCACCUGCCAAAUCAACUACCUUUACAAUGAAGAAGCUGUCAAAACCAAAAACAAAAUUGUAGACCUGCACCAGGCUGGGAAGACUGAAUCUGCAAUAGGUAAGCAGCUUGGUUUGAAGAAAUCAACUGUGGGAGCAAUUAUUAGGAAAUGGAAGACAUACAAGACCACUGAUAAUCUCCCUCGAUCUGGGGCUCCACGCAAGAUCUCACCCCGUGGGGUCAAAAUGAUCACAAGAACGGUGAGCAAAAAUCCCAGAACCACACGGGGGGACCUAGUGAAUGACCUGCAGAGAGCUGGGACCAAAGUAACAAAGCCAACCAUCAGUAACACACUACGCCGCCAGGGACUCAAAUCCUGCAGUGCGAGACGUGUCCCCCUGCUUAAGCCAGUACAUGUCCAGGCCCGUCUGAAGUGCAUUUGGAUGAUCCAGAAGAGGAUUGGGAGAAUGUCAUAUGGUCAGAUGAAACCAAAAUAUAACUUUUUGGUAAAAACUCAACUCGUCAUGUUUGGAAGACAAAGAAUGCUGAGUUGCAUCCAAAGAACACCAUACCUACUGUGAAGCAUGGGGUUGGAAACAUCAUGCUUUGGGGCUGUUUUUCUGCAAAGGGACCAGGACGACUGAUCCGUGUAAAGGAAAGAAUGAAUGGGGCCAUGUAUCGUGAGAUUUUGAGUGAAACCCUCCUUCCAUCAGCAAGGGCAUUGAAGAUGAAACGUGGCUGGGUCUUUCAGCAUGACAAUGAUCCCAAACACACCGCCCGGGCAACGAAGGAGUGGCUUCGUAAGAAGCAUUUCAAGGUCCUGGAGUGGCCUAGCCAGUCUCCAGAUCUCAACCCCAUAGCAAAUCUUUGGAGGGAGUUGAAAGUCUGUGUUGCCCAGCGACAGCCCCAAAACAUCACUGCUCUAGAGGAGAUCUGCAUGGAGGAAUGGGCCAAAAUACCAGCAACAGUGUGUGAAAACCUUGUGAAGACUUACAGAAAACGUUUGACCUGUGUCAUUGCCAACAAAGGGUAUAUAACAAAGUAUUGAGAAACUUUUGUUAUUGACCAAAUACUUAUUUUCCACCAUCAUAUGCCAAUAAAUUCAUUAAAAAUCCUACAAUGUGAUUUUCUGGAUUUUUUUUUCUCAUUUUGUCUGUCAUAGUUUGAAGGUAACACUAUGAUGGAAAAUACACGCCUCUCUCAUCUGUUUAAGUGGGAGGAGAACUGCACAAUGGUGGCUGACUAAAGACUUUGUUUCCCCACUGUAUAUAUAUUUAUAUUUUAUGGGAUUUUCACAGACAUACAGUAUUUAUCCCAAAAUAUAAACGCAAUAAUAUUUUGAGGUCUGUUAUUAUGAAAGUUGAAGUGUGAGUUUUAAAAGCAAGCAACAUUACAUAGAAGGCUUGAAUUUUGAAUAUAUAUGUUGUUGUGCAGGACGAUUAUCUCCAUGGUGAGGUCCCUGGUUACAGAUGCAGUCUGGUAGGGUACAAAAUCACUACUUUACUAAUGAAUGAGGUGUGAAACCAAAAAUGCAGAACUAAAAUACAGUGAAAUAAAAGCCUUAUUUGGCUCUGUCGCUCUCUCUCUCUCUCUCUCAAUUUCUCGGUUGAAGACAGAGGGAACAGGAACGGAAUGUGCACUCCCCUUAUAAUACCGGUAGUCUCCUAUUGUUCAUCUCAAGUGCUCAAAGCUGAUGUUUUUGUUAACGUAAAGGGUGUCCUUGUCAUUCUAAAGACUCAUAUUGUGUCAUAUUUAAGGAACUAGGCUACUUCAGAUAAUGGGAUUGGGGAUACAGUACUCAUAACCAUGUGAAAAUGUAGAGCCCUAUUUUAAUAUUUAGGUUAUUCUUAUUACCCAGUCAUUCAUCGCAUGCCUAUCUUAUAUCCCACAGUAUGUGUUUCUAGUACAGAACGUUUCUGUCGCUAUUCUCCCCAGUAUUACUUUUUCAACUGUGCUGAAUUGAAAAUAUUGUAGAGUUAGCUAUGUGAACUACUCAUUGGUUUAUGUGUUAAUGCACUAGGCUACAACGUCCAUAUAAGGAGUAAACCUAUGAGAUAUUUGUUGUUGAAAGAAUGUGAACGGCAUGUCUAGUUACAGUGGACUUGGUGUACAUAUUGAAUUGAAAAGUGGGAUGGAGUUAGUCAAUUAUAACGGGAGUGAGACGCUAUACUACAUUUCUCCAUUGGGCUGGGUGAGACCAAAAUACAUGAAUUUGUAGGUAAUGCAUACCUUUACUGCUGACACAUACAGGUAACUGCCAAAAUAAAGUAAACAACAACAUAAAGGGUCUUAAUAGGGUGUUGGGCCAGAACAGCUUCAAUUUACCUUAGCAUAGAUUCUAUAAGUGUCUGGAACUCUAUUGGAGGGAUCCGAGAACAUUCUUCCACAAGAAAUUCCAUCAUUUGGUGUUUUGUUGAUGGUGGUGGAAAACACUGUCUCAGGCACCGCUCCAGAAUCUCCCAUAACUAUUCUAUUGGAUUGAGAUCUGGUGAUUGAGACACAUACCCUUUAAACCCCCUAUGCUCCUUUGAGACCAAUCUUUCAAAGUCACUGAGAUCUCUUCUUCUAGCCAUGGUAAAACAAUGGGCAACUGGGCAUUUUUAUACACCCUAAGCAUGAUGGGAUGUUCAUUUCUUAAUUAACUCAGGAAACACACGUGUGGAAACACCUGCUUUAAAUAUACAGUACCAGUCGAAAGUUUGGACACACCUACUCAUUCAAGGGUUUUUCUUUAUUUUUACUAUUUUCUACAUUAGAAUAAUCAUGUAGUAACCAAAAAAGUGUUAAACAAAUCAAAAUAUAUUUGAGAUUCUUCAAAGUCGCCACUCUUUGCCUUGAUGACAGCUUUGCACACUCUUGCCAUUUUGAUUUGUUUAACACUUUUUUGGUUACUACAUGAUUCCAUAUGUGUUAUUUCAUAGUUUUGAUGUCUUCACUAUUAUUCAACAAUGUAGUAAAUAGUAAAAAUAAAGAAAAACCCUGGAAUGAGUAGUUGUGUCCAGGGAUUUGACUGGUACUGUAUACUGAACAAAAAUAUAAACGCAACAUGUAAAGUUUUGGUCCCAUGUUUCAUGAGCUGAAAUAAAAGAUCCCAGAAAUUUUCCAAAGGCACAAAAAGCGUAUUUCUCUCAAAUGUUGUGCACAAAUUUGUUUACAUCCCUGUUAGUGAGCAUUUCUCCUUAACAAGAUAAUCCAUCCACCUGACAGGUGUGGCAUAUCAAGAAGCUGAUUAAACAGCAUGAUCAUUACGCAGGUGUGCCUUGUGCUGGGGACAAUAAAAGGCCACAUAAGCCGCCUCCAACGUCGUUUUAGAGAAUUUGGCAGUAUGUCCGACCGGCCUCACAACCGCAGACCACGUGUAACCACCCAAGACCAGGACCUCUACUUUCGGCUUCUUCACCUAUGGGAUCGUCUGAGACAAGCCACCCGGACAGCUGAUGAAACUGAGGAGUAUUUCUGUCUGUAAUAAAGCCAGUUUUGUGGGGGAAAACUCAUUCUGAUUGGCAGGGCCUGGCUCCCCAUUGGGUGGGCCUAUGCCCUCCCAGACCCACCCAUGGCUGCUCCCCUGCCCAGUCGUGAAAACCAUAGAUUAGGGCCUAAUGAAUUUAUUUUAAUUGACUGAUUUCCUUAUAUGAACUGUAACUCAGUAAAAUCGUUGAAAUUGUUGCAUGUUAUGUUUAUUUUUGUUCAGUAUGCUUAAUUUAUUCAAAUGUUUCCUUUAUUUUGGCAGUUACCUGUACAUGUUGGCUGUAUUGUGGUGAAGUUUUACAGUAGUUAUGUACACAGACUAACUAGCACCUAACAACACUUCAUACUCGUAUUGGCCUGAAAUGAAUCUGACCAUGUUUCACUGGCCUGAUCCAGAAACAACCCCUAGCAUCUACCGGUAACCCCUACCCACUUCAUGAGGAUCUGAAAUGAUUGUAUGAUAAGCCAGCGAUUCUCAACUGGUGGGUUGCGAGCCAAAUUUGGGUCGAUGGGUCACUGGUGUCUGAGUAAAGAAACAAAACUACAACCAGGUAGAAAGUGUGUAGAAAUGAUCAUGAACCUACAUUAAUUCAAUUUUUAGAUUCAAUUAUAUAUUUGUUUUAUUGACAACGAAAAAGGUGGGAAUGUUGUUCCCCAAUAUAGCAUAACAUUUUUGUUUUCAGAUUGCAUUUUGGCCCCAAAAAAUUGGGAUUUGAAUAUUGGGUCACGACUGAGACAACCUGGUUCAUUUUACAUUUUAGUAAUUUAGCAGACGCUCUUAUCCAGAGCGACUUACAGUUAGUGAGUGCAUACAUUUUUCAUACUGGCCCCCCCUGGUGUUGCAAGCGUCAUGCUCUACCAACUGAGCUACACAGGGCCCGAAGCAAAACCAGUUGAGAACCACUGCGCUAAGCAAUAUGGCUAUGGGGCAAGGGGCAAGGGGCUAGGGUUGUUUCUGGCCAGGGCUGUUCUAUUAACUUGUUGCAGACAUGUUCCUAUGCAGUAGUUGGUAGUGUGAGUGUGCCAGGGCGAUGCCAGUGAACUGUCCCUGUGUGUCUGUUCCCAGGCUGAGAAGAUCGCCUCCCAGAUGAUCACAGAGGGACGCAUGAACGGCUUUAUCGACCAGAUAGACGGAAUCGUCCACUUUGAGAGUGAGUAGUUAGGAGUUAGCUGUGCCCAGACUCCUCUAUUUACAGAAGGCUAUGCCCUCUGCCCAGUUAGCUCUAGGAGGAUGAAAUGCCUCUCUCUAGGCUAGGGCCUGGUUACUUUCUGUCAGCACAAGAUUCCAUGGUUCCUUUUUAAGUUUCUGCUUUUCUAGCUAAUGUAAUCCUAGGCUCUUUUUUAAAUUUUUUAUUAUUAAAACAUUAUUGUGUUGUUAUUCCUUUUCAAUAAGAUACUAACCCUCUCUCUUGCUCCCUCUUUCUCCAUUGCUCACCGUCUCUCAGCACGGGAGCCCCUGCCCACCUGGGACAAGCAGAUCCAGUCUCUAUGUUUUCAGGUGAACAACCUGCUGGAGAAGAUCACUGCUGCUGCUCCUGAGUGGACAGCCCAGGCCAUGGAAGCUCAGAUGACCCAGUAGACUGACUGAUACCCCCUGGCCCGGAACAUCCCACAUGACCCCCCACACCAGGGCACACCCCCUGGCCCGGAACAUCCCACAUGACCCCCCACACCAGGGCAC